GCGAAAUAGUAACGGCGCAAUUGGCUCCUCCGUCCGCCAAAGUGUGCAUCGUAAAUAUUACGAGUCUUGGGUACAUAAAUAUUUUCGCUUCUAAAACGCGAGGUCGUCGUCGGCGGCAAGACAAAAGUACAUCAUACUCUAACAACAUACUUAAAUUCAACUACGAUAGAUCUCCAAUAUUGUCAACAACACGCGCAGUGCGCGCAAAUUCAUUGCCACAAACCAACACUUCGAUCAUCCCAAUCCAUUUCUAAGACUGGUAGAGUGGGAUGUACUGCGAAUCGGUACACACGUUCAGUACAAAGCUACGAAUCAACUCUUGCGUUUCCUCGUUCCACAAUUGAACCCUUAAAUAUGACAGCAAUUUUAGGAGGUGGAAUAGGAGGUUUGAGUGCUGCAUACUACUGCAUUGAAAAUCCUGUAUUAGGUCCUAUCGUUUUGUAUGAAGCAUCUAAAAGAUUUGGAGGAUGGAUAAAAAGCAUAAAAUUGCCUAAUGGAGCAAUAUUUGAGAAAGGUCCCCGAACAAUUAGACCUGCAGGUAUUGCAGGAGAAAAUACUUUACAGCUAGCAAAUAAUCUCAAUUUAAAUGAUAAAAUCAUUCAUAUAGACUGUAGACAUCCAGCUGCUCGUAACAGGUUAAUUUAUGUGAAUAAUAAAUUACAUACUUUACCAAAUUCACUAACUGGUUUAUUUAAAAAACAAGAACCAUUUAAUCGACGAUUAAUUUCAAUAGUAUGGAAUGAUUUAGCAGCUGGUAAAACAUCCAAAGAAGAUGAAAGCAUUUAUAGUUUUGUAGAAAGAAGAUUGGGAAAAGAUAUAGCUGACUAUCUCAUCAGUCCGAUGAUUUGUGGCAUUUGUGCAGGAGACGCUAAAAAAAUAAGUGUUAAUUUUUUAUUGAAAUCAGCUUUUGAAUUGGAACAAAAAUAUGGCUCCCUAACAAAGGGAAUGGUAAUGGAGUUCAUGAAAAGAAAAAAAGUUAAGAAAAAUAAGGAAAACAUACUAACAAUUUUAGCCAAAAGAGCGAAAGAAGAAAAAUGGUCAGUUUGGGGAUUGAAAGAUGGUUUGGAAGUAUUACCACGUGAACUAAAAAAUUAUUUGGAUUCCAAAUCGAAUGUAAAAUUAAACUUAGAUACAAAAUGUGAACAAAUCAUUUUUAAAUCUAAUCAAGUUGAAUUACUUAUUAAUGGUAGAACUGAAAAAUUUGCAAAAGUGAUUUCUAGUUUAUCAACAAAAAGUCUUGCUCCGCUAUUACAUAAACAACAUCCACAAUUAUCAAGAGAAUUGGCAGCAAUACCGUUAUCAACUGUAGCAGUUGUUAAUUUUCAGUAUCCUGGCAAUUUAUUACCAAUGGAAGCAUUUGGAUUUCUUGUACCACCAAAUCAAAAUUUGCCAAUUUUGGGAGUCAUUUUCGAUUCAUGUGUAUUUAAGAAUUCUGAUACAGUACUAACAGUAAUAAUGGGUGGUGCAUGGUUUGAUAAGUACUUCAGCAAAAAUAAUUCUGAAGAAUAUUUACUAUCUGUUGCAAUGAAUCAGAUAAAAAAUAUACUUAAUAUUAAAGAAAAACCUAUAGAAUAUAAUGUAGCUAUACUUAAUGACUGCAUCCCACAAUAUAUUGUUGGACACAGACAGAGAAUCCAGCGCAUUGAAAAUUAUAUUUCUGCACAUAGAAUACCCUUGUACUUGUGUGGUGCAUCAUAUUAUGGGGUUGGUUUGAAUGAUGUUAUUUUAUCGGCAAAACAAGCUAUCUCUCAUUGCUUAAAAUUGUAAAUAUUAAAUUAAAUCGUAUUUGUAUGUACAUACAAAUAUGAAAAAAAAUUUAUUGAAUAUCGAAAUUUUACACCAAAUAUUUAUAAG